AAAACACACCCAUCCAAUACGUUGAAUUAUACAAGAAAUGUUGGAAUGAAGAUCCCCGUAUUCGCCCAGAAAUAUCUUUAGCUGUUAAAACCUUAAAUGAACUGCAAAUUCAAAUACAUUCAUCGAAAUAUAAU